AUGAAUAGUGGUCCAAAUUCGAGUUUUGUUAACCAACAAACGCUCUCUACGCUCCCGCUUGAACUCAUUCAUGCCCUCAACCAAGCGUAUCUUCUUCACCUCUUGGCAACAGAUCCAGAGAGCGUUCUUCCACCGGGGAAGACCCCCUUGUCGAUGCUUGCCCAUGCCCAAGUUGGAUUACCAGACGAACCACCGGGACGAGGAGGUCAAGACACAGCGUUGCUUGGUCGAGUGAAGGAAGUGGCACAUAAAGCCUUUUGGACUGAGGCCCUUGAAGCCCUGUCGUCACCCAUCCCCUCUGUACAGCUACCUCGUUUGAAGUGUCUAUACGGCGAUAUACUCGAGGCCCUUUCUCCUCUCUUCCCUCCUAAUCAUCAAAUAGUGCAAGCCUUGUCCUUACCUUUUCCUCCGACAUCUUCUCCCCUUCAAUCUGCCCGCGUCUUCCUCAAAGAGAUCGUGGUAGCCCUACGUGAACGAUGUGCUCCGCUACGCGAUGAUAUGGUGGAUGAACUUCUUAGAAAGUUAGACGACCCUUUUCCGGUCUACGCCCCAAAAGUAAUAGACGCUAAUCACAUAGAUGCCACUCAGCCUUCCAGUCAAGCCCAACCGCCGUCGCCCCUCGCACAACUUCUCGUGGAUGUCAUGCAAUCCAUCCUUUCCUUGGUAGAGAUUAUGAAAUCGGACCUUAGCACCUUUGUGCUUGGAAAUAUGACAGAUGCACAGCUGAAGCAAUUGGUAAUAGAACAGGCCAAACUCCGUGAAAGACGUGUGGUUUUGGACAUCUGGGGCGCUCAGAAAAGUGGAGGUGACCACCAAAUUAAAGAGAUUUGGCAAUCUUGGCUCGUAGGAGCGCCUGAGACGGCAACGUCAACCCCGAAUGGCAUUCCUGAAAAGAAGAAAUGGAUCACUGCUCUUGUCAACGCCUUAUGUUCCGAUAGGCCCCUUUCUUGCGACCUUCCUCGGCAGGCGGACCUCACAAGGGAGGCGUUAUCUGAAGAAGAUACCGGACAACCACAAAACCAAUUACCACCGCAGUUUCUCCUCUCUGCUCCCGCCUUGUUGUACAUUCAGAACCUUAUACAGGCUAUCGUCAUUGCAGCUUCGUUACGCUCGCUCACUCGAUUGCACCCAGUACUCCGGUCCAGCGACCAGGAACCACACUACGAUUUCAUGAAUCAAAUUUGGGUGCUCCUCAAAGCCGAGAUUGACUCGAACGCAAUCGACAAUACCAACGGGGGAACGAAAAUAAACAAUUUAGCCGAUGAAGUCAUCCGUGCGCGGACGCUCUCAUCCGGGAAGCCAGAGCCUGCCGAAGAAGCGCAACUACGGGCGGCGGUGGAACGCACUCUGCGACCUCAAGACCCCGUUUUCUUACUUUUACUUCGACGUCUCAUGGGCGCCAUAGAAGCCCGGCUUCUCUCUAUCAUUACGGAAAAACAAGGACAGGCGAAGAGAACUUUUCCUGUGAGUAUGCAAACAGGGCGAAACCCGGACCAAGAUAGAAAUACAAAUACGAAAUGGCCGAGGUUGUCAUUUCCGGAGCGCCCCGCUUUCUCCUCUACAAAGAAUGCGUCCAGCACAGUUAUCGCCCCAGUGGUGAGAGGUUUCGAAGAACCGGUUUUACGGAACGCACUGGAGGAAGUUGUACUCAAGUUAGGUAGUUGUGUUGAUUGGGUGGAAUUUGUUUGGGAAGACUCGAUGAUGUUUUCGACUUGA